AUGCUAGGCAGUCCGGUGGACACAGAGUUCCUGAGCAGCCUGCUGGCGGAAGCCAGCGGAGGAGCAACGGAUGGGACUGGGUCAGCAGGUCCCGGAUGCACCACUCAACAGUUCGGCAACACAUGCUCGCAGGACGGCCCUGUGCUACCAGAGAUGCUUCUUCCCAACAGCCCACUCCCCGUUCCUGACCAAGGGGUGGUGGUGUCGCGCCGGGACGGCUCGACUUCCGCCGCAGGGCUCGCAGCGCAGGACCGGAGCUCAGCCACGACGCCGGGCCUGGCCGGCAAGAAUCGUCAUCACCACCACCACCACCACCACCAUCAAAACCAUCACAACCAUCACCCUGACAGUCCCAUCGAUCUCCCGACGCCCUCGGACCUCCCGGAGGUGAUAACGCCAUGGGCCAGGUCGCCAUCGGUCAAGACAGAAAGCUACACUCCAACAGCGCCCCUGCCGUUGCGGCUGUCUUUGGACGAAAACCAGCACCAGUACCUCGCCUUUUCCCAACCUGCAGAGGUGACUUGUCAAUAUCCGUCGCUUGCACUGACGCUAAACUACGAGGACUGGGGCUGCAGCGACCAUGAGAUGUUUUCUGCCGACAGCACAAGCUCGCCUCCCUUGACGAUAAACACGGGCUUUAUAGUCGACAAGCGAAGCCAGCAGCCACGGCUGCAGCAGCAACCCACCACGGCCGACCUCGCCACCUCGCAUCAUUCUCCCUACUGGCCGACUCCCAUAGCGGUGUUUGGCCAGGACAACAUCACACCCCAGCAGCAGCAGCAGCAGCAGCAGCAGCAGCAGCAACAGCAACAGCAGCAACAGCAACAGCAGCAACAGCAGCAACAGCAGCAACAGCAGCACUCACCGGUCUGGCAAUCGUCGGGCCUGGAUGGUGUGGAGGUCUUGUCGCAACGGUCCUCGCCACUAUCGCCAUACUUUGGACCCCCAACGCCAGUGUCGCCCAGCGGGUUCCCGCUACCGACUGGCCUGAUGCCCACCUCGUAUCCCAGCAGCGGACUCGAGGAACACGCGGCGGCAGGGUACGGUGUCGGCGGCAGCAGCAAUAACCUAGGCAGCAGCAGUAAUAAUAACAGAUUUCUGGAUCAGGGUGGCGUCAUCUACUCUGGUCAGCAACAACAACAGCAACAACAACAACAACAACAACAACAACAGCAGGUAGCAGCUCUUGCGGCACCUCCCCCUCCCCAUCCUCCACCGCAGAGCCAGCACACCACACUGCAGGGCUUCCUGCAGCAGCACCCGACCAACCAGUCCCAGGAUACGCUGAUGAGCAACUUCCCCACCCUGCCGUCGAACCGGUUCCCCACCAGCCCGAGCUCGAACCAGGGAGGCGGUGCCGCCGGAGAGACGUACAGCGGCCAGCAGGGCGUCCGACAUGGCAGCCAGGUCGCGCGGCAGCUUGGAGGACGCGACGAAGAGGAGGAUGGCCAGGACGAGGAGCCGGCCGUCAACGAGGACGAAGAGGGGGACCAGAGCGAGCAACCCUAUGCCAAGCUCCUGUGGAGGGCCUUCAUGUCCUCUCCGGAGCGCAGCAUGACCCUGCAGGAUGUCUACAGGUGGUUCAUGGCGAACACGGACAAGGUCCAGUCCAAGGGUUGGCAGAACAGCAUCCGGCAUAAUUUGAGCAUGAACCAUCUGACAAGGGGCGCUUUUUUCGCUUUCGGGCAGGCAUUUACAAAAAUAAACCCUCGCCUUGGGAAAAGCUCACCAGCAGGAGCAAGCACAAACGAGCGAGACGACGAGGGCAGCCACGGCAAGGCAGGAGCGAGCUCCUCGACGGCGAAAAAGUCGGCCAUAUGGUACCUGCAAGACUGGGCGGUGGAGAAGGGGGUGCAGUCCACGACGAGGUACCGCAACAAGGCGCAGACGUCGUCGUGCUCUCGUUCGGGCGGCGGCACGGGUCGACAGCAGCAGCAGCAGCAGCAGCAAAACAGCAGCAGAUCCUCCUCGUCAUCAGCGAUGGUUGUUCACAAUCUCAGGCCGGGCAUCGGCGGCUCCCGACGUAGCAACCGCACAUCUUGUGCGCGGUGGCCGAGGUACUCUGACCGCAUGCAUCCUUACCGCAUGCUUCCCCACCACUCGGUCCAGCAGGUCGAGGCGAGGUCGUGCCCCCAUCCGAUGAUCCAGCAGCAGCAGCAGCAGCAGCAGCAGCAGGCUCAGUAUGCGAGGGACCAGUGGCAGUUUACUCAGCAGCAACAUCAACAUCAGCAUCAACAUCAACAGCCAAGCAGCAUGGCCGAUGCUACUGGCGAGAUCAUGUACGGGGCAGGCCCACACUUUUGCUACACCCAGCAGCAACAGCACCAACAGCAACACCACCACCACCUGGACAACAUGUACCCCAUCUCGGGACCGCCAGUCAGGACCGAGCCGCUGAUGACCACCCACGGGCCGACGGCGUCGUAUGAUUUGUCCAGCAGCCAGCAGUCAGCACCUACCACAUCCUACGUCCCGGGGGUGUACGAUGGAGCCUUUUACCGGCAGCAGCAGCAGCAGCAGCAGCAGCAGGUGAACGACGUUGCUGCUGCUGCUGCCACACCUACAGAUGUGGAGUCGACACCGUCCCCACGGCAGACGAGCAGUGGGGGUCUCGGAGGCUUACCGGUAGUAUUUUCAUCAUGA